UAAAAGGGCUUAAAUAACUUAUAAACCACAACAGAAUAGGAGCUCAGUAUAUGAGACGUAGAAGGCAGACACUUUGUCCACUCAGCUACCAUGCCUUUAAUUAACUUCUACUGGAAUUUAAUGCCUUUUGGCCAUCUGCAAGCAUGAAUAAAAAAGUAAUACAUUAAGAAAAAUGGCAACCUUAAGUAUGACCCAGGGACUAUAUUUUAAAAAGCUACACACCUGGAAAAUUUCAUCAGGAUCAGAUUGUAAUGUGUGUGCUGAUGUUUUGACUAAAGCAAGGAUUUCUCUGCAUCUUAGUGAUAAAGAUUUCUCUUAUAAAUAGUGCAGCUAUUAUAAUGUUUACAGUGAUAUUAGGUGGAGUAAUUUAAAUAAAAGUUUUGGUAGAAGAGUCCAGAUGUUCAGUAAUCAGUUGAGUAACAGCCCCACCCCACAUCAAAUGUAGUCCUGCACCAGUAAUGGCUAGUGACUUAUACAGCGUUGCACUUAAAUUAUUACUGUACAUUAAAUUCAGUUAUUUGAGAACUUAUAGCCUUGCACUGCUUUCAAAGUUAGCUUUAUUAACAGCAUAAAAGUCAUAAUGUUUCCUAAAAACUGAAUAUCUACAAAUUGAACACUCAGUGAAUAACGUUUCCUUUUCACCUGCAUAAUUACAUAGCAAUCUAAGAAGUUUCUAGGAUGUUGGAUUUAGUUGUAUAAUCUCUUGGCAGCCAUACAAAACUUUAUAUCAGCUGGAGCUGCAAAAAUAUGUUCCCGCAGGAUCAAUAUCUGCAACAUGAAUGAAUGGUGCUACAAGUUUUCUGACAUCUUAGUGUCAGUGACGUCUAAUAUCAAAACUCAGUUCUUCGUGCAUAUGUGUCUAGAAUAUCCAGUUCUUCGUGCAUAUGUCUAGAAUUCUGUAUACAUAUGCAGAAUGUCUUAAUGGACAUGCAAGAGGCAUAACAUCAGAAAAGCAAACAAUGACUCGCUAAAUGGUAGUGAUGGUUAAUGGAGAAAGCCAAAAUGGAAGCUGUAAAACAUGCAAGUAGUCUCAGAAAUGUGAAGUAGAAGAAUGGGUUAAAGAUAUCAAAUUUCCACUUCCCUUACUUUUCAUUAUAGCUUAACUCCUACAGUUGUGUACCUCUGCUACCUAGUCUCAAUGGCUAAUAACUUUGCAGAUUCUUUGGACUUAUUGGCUAAAGAAAGGCAUGCAAAGUUCUGAGCUGGUAUCAAACAUUCCUAAAAUAUUAAAAGCUCUGGUCAAAGAGUUAACAAGAAGCAAAAGGCUGAAAGAGUUCAUAAAUGUAGUGUUCAUAAAAUGGACCAGCUACUAUCAUAUUAUUUGGGAAACUAUGCUUAAAAAUUAUGCAUGCGUAGUAAAUCUAAAAACAGAUUUGUUAGAGAAAUAUUUCAUAUCCAUUUGAAAUAAAAAAUUCCCAAAUUCUAUUUUCAAAAAAACUGGCACUAUGCCAAGCUAAUCAAUAUAAGACAUAGUAGAAUGGGUGGUUUUCCAUAGCUGCUGCUUCAGUAGACCAACAGAGAAAAACUACGCUAUUCUAAAGUGGACAAGUCAAUAUUCCUAGAAGUGGACUGAUUUUUUUUUUCAUAUUUAUUACUGAAGUCAAAUAUGCUAAAUGAAUUCUCUAACAUGUUAACGGGGCAGUUUAGUUUAAGAUUUGGGGGAGCAGCAAAGGUGUAAUCAUAAAAAAUGUAGCUCUGAAGACAGACAGUAUUGCUUGGUGACAAACUAGCAUCCUACUAACUAUUCAGCAGUUGUCAGUAGUGCCAAGUUUAAAAAAAACUAACUUACUACUAGUGUUACAUUUGUAUGCACGUCAAAUUCACAACAAGACACAAAAUGGUAGUACUUUAAAGUAUGUGAGGUGUAUUACUGGGGGAUGUGAUGGCUUUAUAGAAAUAAAUUAACAAUACCUUAUGUGGAGUGAUUGCUGGCAAAAUAAGUUGCUAGAUUGCAUUUACAUUGAAUACCCCUUACAAAUACACUAGAGAAGUCAUAAUUUAUUGGGAAUCAAGUUAAGUACUGAAUAACUAGUGAAAUUUAAAAUGGAACUUAACUGUGCUGUGUGCCUGCAAACUGAAAGCAGCAUCUCUGGUUUGAAAAGGACACUAUGCUUUCCUGCAGUGGUUCUCACCAAUGCUGUCCACCCAAGACCCAUCUCCCAUUGAGCAAAAUGAGAAGGACACAGUGGUUGUGACAUCGCUUCACCCUGACUGAGAACCCCUGCUUUAUUGGCAUUGCACAUGUAUACUGGAGUGUAGAUUAGGCUCACUUGCUACAUUAUAACUCUUCAUUGUGUUAAUCUAAAUAUUAACAGUCAUUACCCAUUGAUAUUUCUAUACUCCACUAUCAUUUCUACAGGCUUUUUUCACAGGGAGACAAAGCUACAGUAAAGCUACUGUGGAGAGGCAAUGACAGAUUAAAUACAUUAAGGGUCCAGUCCUGCACUCCUAAGUGUAACACAACUGAAGUCAGAAAUAAGCAUGUACAUGCAACAAUCGCAGGAGCAGGCACUAAUAUCAAUGAUUCUUCCGAGCUAGACUGGCUAACAGUUCCAGCAGAGGAGGGAAAGUCUCUCCAGAUACGGGAAUAUUAUGGUUUUUCAUACCCUCCUAACUAUACUCUUCAUUAAUUAACUGGUACUUAUUUCCUCACUGUAGGCUUCAGCUGCUUCUGUGAAGUUCUGCAAGUGACCCUAAAACUUGAAUGCUCAAACAUUUAUUUAAACAAAAUCAGUGGUUACAUACCUUACUAUGUAAACAUAAAUAGGCUACUCAGGGAUUGAGUUACUUAAACAAUAUAGCUAUCAAUCCAGCUCAGCUGAGCUUCAAAAUAUCAAGGCUUUAACAUGAAUAUCUUUAUAAAGAAAAGGCUGUUUAAAAACAACCUAUGUUCUCCAAAAAAAGCUACUAGAAACAACUAUUCUAAGAAAACCAGAAAGAUAAAGUUUAGAAGUUGGCAAACACCCAAGGACAUGAGUGUUCAAUCAUACUGUCUUGCUGCAGUUGGAUAGAACACUAAUUUAAUCCUUCUAUGGAUGAAGGUUUUAGGAUUUUUGUGUACAGUUUUACUAAUGCUAUCAGCUAUUCCAAAUAAACUCCAGACUCAUAUGUUGGAAAGUGUCCUUAUAGUCAAUAUCUUGAGCAUGUGAAUAUCGCAGACUGAAAUUUAAAUUAAUGGCACAAUAUUCCAGAUGAUCUAACUGUAACUCCCCUGAAACUGACUCAAAAAAUUACUAUUCUCAGAAUAUUGCUCAACCGCUAUUUUUUGCAGGUCAGAAACACAUUCAGGCUUUUGCAAUAAGCUGCAUGUAUUGAGUGCAGCUAAUUCAUUCUUUAAAGCAGAAGCAGUACACUUGAAGUAACUGGUGAGACCAUUAAUCAAGACUCCAUAUGAAAAAAAUCAGUUAGCGGAAAAAUAAGAACAACAAUAGGAAGUUAAAACCUGAGUACGGGGCUGAGAAUGUUCUGAAAACGGAUAGGUCACAUGUUUCAAGCAAUUGAAAUGGAUAAACUGAAAAGAUAAUGGGACCUUAGUAUUUUAUAAUAGCUUGUUUACUUUAUCACUUAGGAAAACAAACUAGAAAAGUUGGCGCAGGUCACAAGAGUCCCGUUUUCCUGAGCAGCAAGUCAGCCAAGACAUUUAUCAUGCCCAUGGGACAUGUGCAAAGCAUCAUUCAAGGGCAAAUGCAGGAACUUUACCCUCACUUUUGGAAAGAUCCCCUCCUUUUGAUUCCCCUUCACAACUCCUACCUAAACAUCAAUACACCUAAAGCUGUUAUCGGAGCUGGUAUUGGGGGCACCUCGGCAGCCUAUUUUCUACGCCAGAAGUUUGGGAAAGACGUACGGAUUGACGUGUUUGAGAAAGGAACGGUGGGGGGCCGUUUGGCGACUAUAAAUGUGGAAGGAAAAGACUAUGAAGCAGGAGGAGCCAUCAUCCAUCCUCUUAACCUGCAUAUGAAGCAUUUCGUGAAGGUGCUAGGACUCUCUGUUCCUGAGAACCGAGAUGGCCUUCUGGGCAUUUACAAUGGAGAAGAGUUUGUAUUUGAGGAGAGUAGCUGGUACAUUAUCAAUAUUCUGAAACUUCUCUGGCAUUAUGGAUUCAACCCUGUGCGAAUGAACAUGUGGGUGGAAGAGAUCUUGGACAAGUUUAUGAGAAUCUACCGCUAUCAGUCUCAUGACUACUCCUUCAGCAGCACAGAGGGCUUGCUUCAUGCGCUCGGAGGGAAUGACUUCAUCCAGAUGCUGAAUCGGACCAUUGAUGAGACUAUGCAGAAGGCUGGCUUCUCCCAGAAGUUUAUCUAUGAGGUGGUUACUCCAGUCAUGAGAGUCAAUUACGGCCAAGGCGCCAACAUUAAUGGGUUUGUAGGUGCAGUGUCUUUGGCAGGUGCAGACUCUGGACUUUGGUCAGUAAAAGGUGGCAACAAACUUGUCUGCACUGGCCUUCUUUAUGCUUCCAAAGCACAACUUAUCUCUGGCACGGUUACCUCUAUAGAGGAGAGAACGCGGCCCAAACGCACAGGAGGUACAGUUAAGUUGUAUGAAGUGAGCUACAACUCUGCAUCAGGGUCAACGACAGACAUGUAUGAUAUAGUUCUUAUUGCUACACCACUGAAUCAUAAAAUGUCCAACAUCACCUUCCGGAAUUUUAACCCGCUCGUUGCACAGUUCUCAGACCAUUACCAUCAGACGGUGGCAACUUUUGUUCAUGGGCGCAUAAACGCAUCCUUCUUCGGCUACAAGGACCCAUCCCGCUUUCAUUUAGCUAGCAUUUUCACAACCGAAAAUCCCAAACUGUUUAUCAACAGCAUAGGUGUUGUCUCUCCUGUCCAAAACACACACGAGGAAGUGAAGCAACCCAUGGGACCUGCUGUUUGGAAAGUGUUCUCGAAAGAACCACUCACCAAGGAGCAGAUGAAUUUGCUUUUCUCAUCCUAUGAAUCUGUGAAAGAGAAGAAGUGGCUGGCUUACCCGCACUACAGUCUCCCAAAGAAAUGCCCACCUAUAAUCCUCCAUGAUAGAAUAUACUACCUUAAUGGCAUAGAAUGGGUGGCAAGUGCCAUGGAAAUGAGUGCAAUUGCCGCCAAAAAUGCAGCUCUCCUUUCUUACCAUCACUGGUAUGGAAACAUGAACAUGAUCGACCAGGAGGAUUUAAAUGAGAAACUCAAAACAGAGCUGUGAGUUUUAUCCAGGUAUGAGUGGCAAACCCCCAUCACUGAUGGGAGUCUAGAUUGCCCAGUGCUGGCCAGAGGAAAUUGAUGAUGGUAUUGAUCAAAUGCUACGUCCUUCUUGCCCAUCUUACUGUUAAAAAUGAAUAUAUGGCAAUGUUUUUCCCUGUAACCUGAUACAAUAAUCAUAAGUGUUACCUAUCACAACAGUGAAGGUGGAAAAAGUCCAGAAGAGUGUAGGAUUUUUAACUGGCUCCUUCCCCUAUGUGUUCUGAACCCAGCGCAGGAAAGCACUUAAGCAUGUGCUAAAGCCCAUCCCUAUUCAAGAUAAGCACUUAAGCAAGUAUUGAAAGUUAAACAUGUGCUUAAGUGCAGUCCAGACUAGGGACCUGUUUAUAUAUAAUUACCUAGUUCCUGAUCUUGCGAACAGGUAAGCAUGUGGUUACGUAUUUGCAGGAUAAAGGCCUUAGUGUCUGCUGUGUUGUGUGUGAUGGUUUUACAUAGCAAGGAGGGAGGAAACUCUUAAAUAUAGGAAAAAGGCAGGUGGAUGUGGAGCCAGGUGUAACACACAUUAAAGUAAUUUCAUUUUAAAAAUCAACAAAAUCAAAUUUUGAAACUAGCCUGCAAGAGGCUGUCUGAUCACGUUAUUGGCUCACCUCAUUUCCAACUGCUCACCCAUGUUAAGUUCAGUACAAAUUAAUUCCAUGAUUUCCUAAUGUAGUAUCAACUUUCCAUGUUAAGCAAUUGCUUUUGUUGCCACAGGGGUCUUAUGUGAAUAGAAAGAGGCAAUGCCCUACCAUCUGAAAGGGUUUGAGAGCCCUUCUACUAGAUUUGACUUUGCCUCUUUUAAGGAAAAUAAUUUAAAAUUGGUUUUAAAGGGGUUUUUUGUAUUUAGUUUUGAGGUGUGGAGCAGUCUGGGUGCAUGUUCUGUAAUAAUCUUGAUUUUUUUUUUUCUUCAUUCUCCUAGUUUUAUUGUAAUCUUAGCAGCCACAUUAGAUGGCCUUUCCUUUGGGAGACUGUAGUGUUAGGUUCUACAGUAGAGAACCUGAAUAUAAUUUGGAUAACAGUGAAUGUGGCUUCUUCCCAGCUGAGGUUAAUAUAAAGCUCUGAAAAAGGCCAUAAGUCACGGGAUCACAAGGAACUGCAAUUAUAUUUUUUAAAGUUUGGUUAUUCAUACAUUGGAAUCUUACCUUUUUUUGACAAUCUCAGUACAGAUUAUUGGUCUGACAUAGCAUGUAUUAACAGUACUGUAAUUUAUUUUAAAGCAUGCUUUUCAGGUGAGUGAAUACAGAGGGUAUUUAAGAGGAGAGAGAAAUAAAAAUAUUUAUAGAGGGCUACAGAAGGAGAAUGGUAGAUGGUAUAAAUUCUACACAUGCUGAUGAUAAACACAUUAACGCAACAGAAUCCUAACUAGUCAAGGUGGUUGAGAGACACCAGAAAUGUUAGGAAAGUCAGCAGUCAGUGAACUCACAAAGACAUGCCAGCCACGCAGUAAAAAGGAAGAUUUGAAUAAUUUUGGGAUUUUACUUUCUAAAUAAUGAGGUGGGGGGGAGGGGUCUCUUGUUUCUUUUGAUUGCACAACUUGUGUAAAUUCUUUUGCUUGUAGGGCACUAGGGCCAUAUUUUUACACGUGAGGCUAAUUUAAAUGUUUUUAAUUCUUGAUAGUUUUACAGCUUUCACAGAAUGAUCAAGCACAGUAAAUCUAACACGUCUUAACUAAAUCUUCUUUUGCUUUAAGUACCAGCGCUCCAGAGAGAUUAUGAAAUGUUUGCAGAAAUACGUGGUUGUCAGUGGUCAGUUUGUUUUUUUUAAAUCAGGCUGCUUUAACCAAUUAGUGAGCUGAAGUCCUACAAGUAGUGAUACUCAAUACUCAGCAUAAAUUUGUAUGGGUUUUUACUCUACCUGCUGUCUAAUGUCAACAGAAAUUCAAGGUACCUAAUGAAGCACUGUUAAUUUGGGGAGGGAUCAUAUUUGAUUGAAACCUUUGCAUCACCUAUAAAAGCUAAGAUGACUAAACAGGAAGUAUUUCAUUUUGAGUUUUACUGUGUGAUUUGAUACUUCACCUAUCCCCAGGCAAUGUCUUGCUGAAAAGACAUCAGCAAGGAAACAGAUGCCCUCCACCACCACCCCUUUCUUUUUAAAGGUGCUCUAUAAAAAGAGAAUUUUCUUUUAAAUGGAUGAGGUUUUUAAUUUGGGGCUAUGGUAGUUUGUAAAAUUAAACUUUAUGGAAAUA